UCUGAACAACUUGCCUAUCGGGAACCGAAGCAAACUUGCCGCGUUUUAUAGCUCUACUGUUGCGCCGCCGGCUCGAGAACUGUGAAAACAAGUAAAAUGGAUGGUGUAACCGAGGACAUGUGGACGCCGUACAAACAUCUGUACAGCGUUUUCCAGGCAACAGUGUCCAAUCCCAAUGGCAUCACCUCAGAUCUGGAAGUGUGCCUCAAGAAAUACAAACACAGUUUUACCAACUUCCUACGCAAUCCGGCCAAGAACGAGAAGAGCCGCGGUCAUCUAAGGAAUGCUUUGAAUGAAGGCAUUCCGCUGCCGGGACAAUCCCGGAAAUCAAAACUCUCAAAGGAUCUGGUCGACGAAGCGUUAAUUUUGUCCGAUAUGUUCGAUCUAGACGAGAUAUUCGCCUUAGAGCUCCUCUGUACUGCUCAGCGCCAGCAGAUUCAUCACCCAGGCCUGCCCAGAGGCCUGGUGGCGGUGCUCCUCUACUACGAUGGACGGAAGGCCAUCAGUUGCGCCCUUCGCGAUAUGUUCCAGGCAAUCAGCGGUGUCUCCUGGAGCACUGAGCUGCCCAGGGAGAUCACUAGCCUGGUCACCAACUAUGUACAGAGCCUUGUAGAGGAUUCUAACAUUCUGGGACGCCUGCUGGAGCUGCUCGAGGAGAUGGAUGUCGUCAAGGAGAGCUUACUGCUGACUAAAAACCGGGCAUUUGGUUCCAAGAAGCAUCAAAAUCAGGUGCUGGGCCUGUACGAGGACAUUCAACGGGCCGUGGGCAUGACCCUAUUCCAUUGGUCGGCUCAGCGCGGACUGCCGCGACCAAUUGCCAUAAGGCUUUUACAGCAGCUGGCCAACCGGAAGACCACCGAUGCCAAGGGUGACAUCGAUGACGUUACUGUAAUCAUGCUAAUGGCACUGCUGUAUGCGUACGACACCUCUGUGCUGUUGGUCAGCGAGUACACCAAUCCCCACACGGCUCGUCUGCCGAUCCUUAGUGAUCCCGAGUUUUCCAAGGGCUUCCUGGAUGCGCUCUACGCGCAAAGCAGCUGGAAUACCCCGGGACUGGGUGCCAUUAUCACGUACAGUUUUGGACUAACACUGGCCAGUUUGCGUCAUGCCCCCAAUCAACUUCAAGCCGCCGCCUUGUCUGUAAUCAAUCGCGAUGAAAAUCUCAUCGACGAGGCUCUGGCAGCCCAGGUAUUUGGUUUCUUCUACCGUUCCCUGCUUACAUCGGAUCUGGUCUACAACACUGAGUUUAUCUACCGCCGCCUUCACCUGCUCAUCACAGACUUCAUUGACUUUAUGCAUGGCAAGGUAUCGGAGCUGCGUGGCAGAGCGGACGAAUCAGCACGCACAAUAAUCAGCUUUCUGAAUGAGGGUCUUGAGCCGCCGCCCAACUUGGACUCUAACUUCGAGCUGCUCAUGUUGAGCGUUGCCAAGCUUUAUGGCGAUCCACGGGUUAACAUUAAACUCUGCAACGAAUAUUGGGGUCCAUGCGAUCCCACGGGAGCUUCGUUUGGUGUUAUACUGCCCAAAGCGUUCAAGAAUACCUCGCGUUCGGUGUCCCUGUUCAAGUUUAUAAGCCUCGCCAGCGAACUGCUGCCACAGACCCUGUUUAAGUCCUAUCUUAAGAUGAUUUCCGGUCUAACACGUACCGAAUUCUCGGCACGUUGCGCCUUCAAUCUGCUAAAGAUGCCCCAGGUUAACACUGGCACAUAUGCGGUCAGUUGGGAUCAUUUCUUUUCGUCGUUGGGCAACUACUACAAUUUAAUGCGCAACGACUUCAACACCAAUAUCAGUACUGGCGGGGAUAACUUCUAUCGCAGCCGCUCGACCCCAAGGAGCAUAACUCAACGAGAAGCAGAGCAUCUGAUAGCCGUCAUGGGAAUAAUACAGGCAGUGGCCGAACACGACGAGAUCUCACGCAUCAUGAUUUGUGAGCAGGCCAGUUGGCAGCCGCCGCAAGUUCUGCUGGGCUUAGUAGCCUGCUCAACGCCGUUGCUGCUCAAGGCGGAGAUUCUGUUUGCGCUGGCCGCUCUUUCGAAGUCAAAGGAUACGGCACGCGCCAUCUGGUUCCAUUUGGAAGACUCACAGAUCAUACCCACCGUCCCGGUGACUAGCCACUAUGGCCAGUGCAGCCUGACAGAGGAGAUUGAACAGAAUGAGAGUCGUCUGGAGCAGUACAAGCUGACGCGUGGCAUUCUGAAACUGCUCUACACCCUAAUGACCACCAAUAUGCCCAAAAGUCUUGGUGUGGGACCACGAAAGCCCGGCUACGAUGCCUACCUCAAUUUUGUGCUUGAGUCAAUUCUGCUUAAGUUCUACAAUCGAGCUUACAAAGAUCCUGCCGAGAAGUGGCAGGUGGGAGCCCAAUGUCUGAAACUGCUUUACUAUUUGCUGGCCACAUACUCUCCAAGAGCCUCAGAUUUCCAGAAGACACGCGAUGAGCAGCCCUACCCUGGCUACCAUAUCAUGAUGCAACUGCAGGUCAAGUCUAAUAUGCUGCACCUUCUACUGCGCAUCGUGGAAGAGGCGCGUGAGCGUCUUGACGACUACAAUCGUUUUCACGGCAAGGAGAUGCUGGAGGAGUGCUCCCUGUACGCCCUGCUGCUCCUUGAAGCUGGAUUGGCCAAACAGAACGUCUUCUUUGAGAACCAUUCGGCGGCCAAUUGCCCGAUCAUGUUGUCCGGGCUGAAUCGCAUGAUUCUGGACCUAAAUCCACGCUCCCGUAGGCCCGACCAUGUGCUGAACAUUGUUAAGUUUGUGACCUACAACAGUUGGCUGCCGCGUCAUGCGUUGGCCGCCGUCAAGAUCCUAAGUGCAGUCACCCAGGUGCCGAAUGUCUCUUCCCAGAUCCUAUGCAUGUACGCCCAGAGCUCCAACGAUAAGCUAGAGAUUAGGCAGGGAUUCGUCGAGUGCCUAGAAAUGGAGGUUGGCGCAGCCAAACAAAGUGACGAGCUGCUAGACCAGCUUGCCCUUAACGGUCAUGUUCCGUUUUUGGGCUUCGAUAAUGAUGGCGAUAUGGGCGAACACACAUUAGAAUCGCGAGUUGACAUAAAUUUGGGAGAGGCCCCACUGGAGGUGAAGCCGGCGCGCAUCGAAUUGCAACUAAAGGAGGCCAUUGUACAGUUAUUCCAUAUGAAUCUCGGCCAGCAGCUGCCCAACUUUAUUCACUUCCUUCUUGGCGUCGACGUGCUCCGUGACUUUAUGUCCAACGACAAGCAACAAUUAGCCAUAGAGACAAACUGUUCGUGCGUAAACUCAUUGGUUUUGCUACUGGAAAAGUAUUUGGAGCAACAGCGUCACAACGAGGAGUACUGUGAGACCACAAUCAAGAUCGUGGAACGCAUCUAUCAAUUGUUUUACGGACUCUGCGCCAAUCGUCGCACCACGCAUACGAUCUUGCGAUACUUCCGUUUGACCUGCAACGACUUCCUACUGCGUCAUCUGAACGCUAUGCCUUUCCGUCAGCAUCGGGAGGAUCACGUUCUGCACGCCAUGGGCCAUCUGCUCAAUUGUGUAUCCAUCGAUGUCAAACUGGCGGCGACACAUGGCCAGACCACGAGAUACAAUCAGCUUUGCGACAUUUUACUUAUGACCAAUGGAUCCGAUGCACAGCGCUCAGCCCAUGGGUUGCCAGUGGAUCUAGGACAAAGCCUGAUUGCUCAGUCGACUUCUUUCAUGAAUAUGGAUCUAUUCUCCGGUGGUGGAUCAAUAAAUGGUUCCGGUUCUGGAUCGAGUUCAGGACCUGGGGUAGCCCCAGGAUCUGGAGCGAGCGCCAUGAAGCCACCGCUCUUGCAAGAGACAUCGCAGGGAUUGCACGCCACCCGAAUGCUGGAUUGCCUGGUCCUAGAGAUUGACACAUUGACUCAACCGCAAUUGGAGUUCUUCGACACGCAGCUUACUACUCAAUUGCUUCGGGACUGUGAGUCCGCUCCCGAAGCUGGAGCCAAGCCUUCGGCGAAUUUGAUUAAUGUUCGCAAACUUCAUGACAUUCUGCAUGACGAACUGCUCAUGGUGCAAAGCACCAUUGUCAGCGGCCAGCGGAAGGCCAUCUCCGCAGAGAUUACACUGCUGUUGAAGCAUGCCGUUAACCUUAACCGAAUCCGGACGCAGCGUCGUGCCAAAUUGGCCUUCAUGGAGGCAUGGGGACAAUUGGUACAGGUGCUCUUCAGCAGCAUGCCCGAGGCUGUGUUGCCGGUGACGCUGCGGCGCCAGCACAUCAUCGACAUUAUCGAGAAAAUCUUGAUGAAGGUGCAACCCAUUCAGCCCAUUAUCGAGAUUUCCAUACAGGUCAGCGAGACAGUGCUGCUGCUGUUGGCUAAUCUACGCUUCUGUUGCUAUCAGGUUGAGGACCUGCGCUCCGAGGAUCUCGCCAACGACGAGUCCUUAACUAAUGGUAAUGGCAUUGAUAACCAGCCAACCAAGCUUACCCUGGGACCCAGGACUAUUGGCAGCGGUUCGGAUGGAGGGCUUGUAAGAGAAAUCGGUGCCGGAACCAAUAGCAGCAACCUUCGAUUCAUUCUUAAGAGCCUUGUGGAGUGGAUCAUGAUCAGCGAGGUCAAGUCACAAAAGCUACGCAUUAAUUUGUACAGCGCCCUGUUGAACUGCCUGCGGAUUGCAAAGAGACUCCGCACUGACGAACAAAUGGAGUACCAGGAAUCGAUAAUAUCUCGGCAGGAUAAUUCGAGGUUAAGUAGCUUAGAGUUGCGACGGGACGACCGCCAGCGUCUAAAGGCAAUGGCAGCGGAUGUGAUUGGAACUUUUGGCGAGAAACUGAUCGAGACCAUUUGCCUCGACGCCGUUACCGGACACGAUGUGUGCCGUAUGCUAGCGCUGUCCUGUCUGGAUAUGAUCUCCGAGCUUCAUGCUGUGAGCACGCUGUGUGACUUUGUGGCGACACGUGGCUACCUUAAGCACAUGCUAGACGGCUUGGAAAAGUCCAGUGAGGCACUCUGUGCAAUCCUACAGCCAGUGCCCGAUCACCUUAGACCGCUCUAUGUGUACGAAUCGCGUAUGGCGUUCCUAACACGCAUGGCGAACACGCAAGUGGGUGCUCGACUUCUGCUCGCCGAGCGGGCCCUGGGAGUGCUGUCCAACAUGCGGGUCUUUGAUUUGCAGCCCGAUUUAAAGGCCAGCGAGCUUAAGCAAAACGAACCGCAGGCGUUUUUGCCGGCAAUCGAUGAGCGCUUCCGGUCGAUCCUACUGCCAGCACUGGCUUUCUGCGAUGCGAUUCUUAAUUCGCUGGGAUCAAACAACAAUUCCGCUGCCCUGCAAGUUCUAAACUUCCUGUUUGCCCACAUCGACAUGGUGGAGGCGAUGCUACGUACGGCCACUCCGUUCAUGGACUUGGGUCAUCUGCAGCAGUUGGCAAUUAUUACAAAUCUUUUGGCCCGUACAACGACACAUGAGGUCACCGUAAUGGAGGACAGUCUAGACGUGGAGAAUGACUUGGAGCUGCGUAAUCGUUUGGGUCGCCUGCAGCAGUUAAUGAUUGUCGUCUUUGGGCGUUUCACCGUCACCGAGGCCAGCAUCCGGCGAAUGGUGCAGCAGGAUAAGACGCAUAGCGACUCGGCCACAAAGUCAACGAAAACUGAACGUGUCAAGUACUUCCUGGACAUCGCCGCCAAUCUGUCGCUCUAUUGCCGCAACGCGGUUACCUGCCAUGCCAAGGACAGUAUGACUUCCAAAUACUUGCUAACCACCAUGAUCAGCGAUGUGACGCCACUAACUGGCAAAAUGGACAGCAAGAAGCUGUCGACCAUCAUGCACACAAUCCUCAACCAACUGAAGGGCUCCAUUGCCUAUUACCUCUCGCAGAAGUCGAUCGCUGACAAUCUGCUCCAGCAACGCGCCUCCCUGCCCAAUAUCAGUUUUAAUGCCAAGCAAAGCUAUAUGGACUUAAGUCAGCUUCACAACGAGAAGCGUAGUGAACUGAUGCAGGCCGUCUUCAUUGCCGAACAAAAUCUAUAUCUACUAUGGAUCCACCUGGACUUUUAUUUGCGCAACGCCGUUGUCUAUGCCAACGAGAAUCGGAAUGCCAUAAACGAAAGCUUUCUGGACAACGAAAAUGUAUCCGUUCUGAAUGCCUCGCAAGAUGAGAUUCUGCAGCUCAAGCAGCUGCUCAUCUCCACCUUCAAUGAGACCUUCUGCACGCAGCUAAUCAACGCCAGCGAGGACUACACGGUCAAGUGUAAGGGUUUCAAUGCCUCGCUGGUACGUCGGAUCAAGGCGCUCGUACAGUUCGCUCCGGUCACUGCCAAUGGUGACAAUUCCACGUUCUUCUCGUAGGCGCACCACCGACAAAACGACUUCUUUAGUUUAAUAUUUUUCAAUAAAAAACAUGUUGAUUUUCUUAA